CUCUUUAUAUACUCUCCCUCUCCUCUUCCCCCAAUUUCAUAUCCUCUUCUUUCUACUUUGUUUCGCCAAUCAAUUUCCAGAUCCAUUUUCACAAGAAAAAAACAUGGCUGAUGAAUUGAAGCCAACAAGAAUAGGCCUUGCCGGUCUUGCUGUCAUGGGUCAAAACCUGGCCCUCAACAUUGCUGAGAAAGGGUUCCCGAUUUCUGUCUACAAUCGUAGUACCAUCAAAGUUGAUGAGACUGUUGAGCGAGCUAAAAAGGAAGGAAACCUUCCAGUUUUUGGCUUCCAUGAUGCUGAAUCAUUUGUUCACUCGAUCCAGAAACCUCGGGUGAUUAUCAUGCUUGUCAAGGCUGGUGCACCCGUUGACCAAACAAUCAAAACCUUAUCUGCAUUCAUGGAGAAAGGCGAUUGCAUCAUUGAUGGUGGUAAUGAGUGGUAUGAGAACACCGAAAGAAGAGAGAAAGCCAUGGCUGAACUUGGUCUUCUCUACCUUGGAAUGGGUGUUUCUGGUGGUGAAGAGGGCGCACGAAAUGGACCAUCCAUGAUGCCUGGAGGGUCCAUGGAGGCUUACAAGUACAUUGAGGACAUUGUUCUCAAGGUAGCAGCUCAAGUACCCGAUAGUGGCCCAUGUGUGACGUAUAUUGGCGAAGGCGGUUCAGGCAACUUUGUCAAGAUGGUUCAUAACGGAAUUGAGUAUGGUGAUAUGCAGCUAAUUUCAGAGGCUUAUGAUGUACUAAAAUCCGUUGGGAAGCUCUCAAAUGAGGAACUAUACAAUGUAUUCUCGGAAUGGAACAAAGGAGAGCUUCAAAGCUUCUUAAUUGAGAUCACUGCUGACAUAUUUGGCAUCAAGGAUGAUAAGGGAGAGGGUUAUUUGGUCGAUAAGGUCUUGGAUAAAACUGGCAUGAAGGGUACCGGCAAAUGGACCGUCCAACAAGCUGCUGAUCUUUCAAUUGCUGCUCCUACUAUUGCAGCUUCUCUAGAUUCAAGAUUCCUUAGCGGUUUAAAGGACGAGCGAGUAGAAGCUGCAAAAAUCUUUAAAGCAGGCGGGUUUGAUGAUAUCUUAGCAGAUGAAAAGGUGGACAAGGAAAAAUUAAUCGAUGAUGUAAGACAAGGCCUAUACGCUGCCAAAAUAUGUAGUUAUGCACAAGGGAUGAAUCUGAUACGUGCCAAGAGUGUCGAAAAAGGAUGGAAUUUGAAGCUAGGGGAGUUGGCUAGAAUCUGGAAGGGUGGGUGCAUCAUUCGAGCCAUAUUCCUGGACCGCAUCAAGCAGGCCUAUGACAGGAACCCAGAACUUGCGAACCUGUUGGUGGACCCUGAAUUUGCAAAAGAAAUGAUCGAGCGUCAGUCUGCAUGGAGAAGAGUUGUAUGCCUGGCUAUCAAUUCAGGCAUCAGUACUCCGGGUAUGUCUACUAGCCUUGCUUACUUUGACACUUAUAGGAGGGAGAGGUUGCCUGCUAAUUUGGUGCAAGCUCAAAGAGAUUACUUUGGCGCCCACACAUACGAGAGGACCGACAUGGAUGGUUCCUUCCACACCGAGUGGUUCAAACUUGCCAAGCACACAAAAGCCUAAACCUUCUCCAGGUUCAGUUCUAUUCUGUUCAUCUUCUCAUCCAAACUAUAAUAAUCCUAUUUCCUGAAUUGAUGCAUAUCCAAUAAAUCCUUUUUGAUCAAGUCUGCUUUGGAUAUGUGUUACAUUUCCAGAUGUAAGUUAAUUGGCUUGUUUUUUUUUUUUUUUUUUCAUGAGAGUUUUUGGUAGUUUGUUGGGUAUGCAAAUUCAUUUGCUUAGUUUCCUGAAUUAGCUUCACCCAACUUGUACCCUAAUUGUGGAUUCUAUUUGUCAAUGUCAGCUCCUAUGUACUAGUAUUAUUUCAACACAUUCACAAGUUAAUAUUUAAACUAUGGACAUUCUAGAAUA